AUGAACGAUCUCGAGAACGAAGAGAAGCCAAAGAACGAGCAGACAGGACACGUGGCGGAACCGUCUAUGGCGGCAGCAGCGAUGGACGGCGUGGCGGCCGCGGCGGCUUUGCGAUCGGUGUUUCAGCGGGUAAAUCAGGCUGCGGAGAAAGCGGGUCGCGUACCUGAUCGGAUACGGGUCGUAGCGGUGAGCAAGACGAAACCAGUUUCCUUGAUUCGCCAAGUUUACGACGCUGGUCACAGGUCGUUUGGAGAGAACUAUGUGCAGGAGAUCAUUGAAAAGGCGCCUCAGCUUCCAGAAGAUAUAGAGUGGCAUUUCAUUGGGAAUUUGCAGAGCAACAAAGUGAAGCCUUUGCUAACUGUAGUGCCUAACCUGAAGAUGGUGGAAAGUGUCGAUGAUGAGAAGAUUGCAAAUAUGCUUGAUCGUGUGGUUGGAAACAUUGGAAGAACGCCUUUGAAGGUCAUGGUCCAAGUAAAUACCAGUGGCGAAGAGUCUAAGUUCGGCGUGGAACCCUCAGGAUGCGUAGGACUAGCAAAGCACGUGAAGGAAGCCUGCUCGAAUCUUGAGUUUUCUGGUUUGAUGACGAUAGGGAUGGCUGAUUACACUUCAACCCCAGAGAAUUUCAAGAUGCUUGCGAAAUGCAGAAGUGAAGUGUGUAAGGAGCUUGGAAUACCGGAGGAGCAAUGUGACCUAUCCAUGGGGAUGUCCGGCGACUUUGAGUUAGCUAUUGAGCUUGGAAGCACAAAUGUGAGAAUAGGAUCAACGAUUUUUGGGGCGAGAGAGUAUCCGAAGAAGAAUUGA